AUGGAAGGAACAGACACUCUCCAGGUCAUAGUCCAGAUGAACAAUACACUCCCUAGGUACAUACUGAUGCUGGAUAUCUGGUGCUCUCAGGUUGGUACUGGAAUGGAAAUGGUGCUAGAUAGAAGCAGUUUAAGUUAUGAGGUGUUACAGAAGUAUUUGGUCUUUAUGUUGGAGACUGAUUGGAAGACAGAUCAUUCACUACAUGACCACCACACCACCACAACUAACACCUGUAUAUUCUGUCAGGCCAUAUCCCUCUGGUUUAGUCUUUCUCUCAGGAUCAUCAAGGACUACAUUAAUGAGGAGGAGGAGAGAGAUGAUGUCCCUGACGGGUGUAGUACCCCCGUCCUCCCUAAAAGAGGGCGUGUCUCUAUAAAGUUUGCUAUUCCGACUCUUAAACGGAAACACACCCAGCCUGAUCUAGGCUCCACAAGUUCAGCUGCUCAAGAUGAUUAUGACGACCAGUGGGGGGAGGGAGGGGCUGGGUUUGAGCCUCCUAACAGGAAGAAAGGGUCAAUAUUCUCUAAGAGCAGUGCUGACACAGCAAAUACUGAACCACUUGAGGAGGAGGUUAAUAAACCGUCCCCUCCCACUUUUAUGCACCGUGACCGACGCCCACCUAUAAUGACUCGUUACUCUGUUUCUGAGUUUGAGCUGUUGUCUUCAGUAGCUUCUACUCCUACUGGGGGCGGGGCUGCCACUCCCACGGGACAUACCUCUUCUAAACAACCUGAGGUUACCUCAAAUUUAUAUAAAAUAUUUAAGUUAUCAGUAAAGAAAUUGAAUAAUUCUUAUCAUCCUGACACCAUAUUGCAAAUAAUUCAUAAUAUUCAUUUACUGGUGACUAGGGGGCAUGUCCUCAAUGGAGGAGAUGGUGUGUUGAGUGUAGUUGAGGAUUCACAGCAUUUAGUGGAAAGGUUGUGGAGGAUCAUGGAGUGUGAAGUGUCUUAUGUCCAUCAGCAUUGUGUUGACCUGUUGCUAGCUGUUCAAGAUGGACUCUUCUCUAUUGAUGGGGCAGUCAAUUCCGUUCAAUCUUGCUACUUAUGGAGGCUCCUUCACGAUGGGCUCUCCAACAAGAAGUGGACUAUAUUAUUCAAAACAGCUGAUAAGCUCACGAUGAUGCUUCAGUAUAUCUCAAGACAUGAAGUCCCUGUCUACAUAUUAAAACUUCAGCCCCACACGGAACUGAUUCUUGGGUACGGGUUCUGUAAGAUGAUACGACUGGUUCAAGACAAAGACACUAGAGUAUCCACCAGGGUCCAGUACUGUCUUAAUAAUAUGAAGCAAAGAGCGUUUGAGGUUGUCCGUGGGUUUAUGUUGACGUUAUUCACAAAGUGUCCAAUAUACAGAGGACUCGUCCUUCAGAGCCUCUCCUUACUUAAGAACUCUGUGACUUCGUUUCCUUUCCUUUCGAUUGAGUUCUUUUUUAAAUUAUUGAAAGAAGAGAAUCCAAAUAUGGAAGAACUGCUACCACAACAUUCACAAUUUUCGAAGAAGGUUUCUGAUGCCAGUGUUUUAAGUGGGAGUGGCCGUGGGCCCCGCCCCAGUACUGCCUCAUCAGCUUUCAGUGCCCCUGGUUACGAUGAGGAGGACAAUAACAACACUAAUAACACUAGCACUGAUACUGCCCAGCUCCACUGUGAUACACUUCCUGAUCCUCCACCUGGUUCUGGCCGCUCUAUGCCAGGGAGGUUCUUGCUAACGAUACUCACUCAAUUUGCUGAAAGAAACAUUUUCUUAUACCUCUUUCGCCAAAAUUUUAACAAUGACUCCGUACUGACAGGUGUCUACACGAGCCUCAGUGUAUCUCAGCCGCUAGGGGGCGGGGCAGUGGGUGGAGCUGGAGGUAGAGAGGAGGAAGAGGAGGUGGAUUCCUCAGGAUUAUUGUCAGUUGCUUCUCCUGUCACAUAUCUCCUUGAGGAUGUCACCGUUGCUACUCACUUCACUCAGGAGAUCACCAUACAGUCUUUGGUUAAUUUAGCAAAAUAUUUGGAACUGAUUCCGGAAAGUUUCUCCUCUCUAUUUUGGAACUUGACAAACCUUGACUGCUUCCUCAAACAGUUGAAAGAACACCCCAUUGUUUUACAUGGAUCCUUCAAUGCCGUGUUACGUGUUAUCAUAAAGCUAUUGAAGUUCUGUGAUUCGAACAAUUUCACUUAUAAUGCUGCCAGUUCCAUCACUCUGGGGGCCAUUUUGACAGAAUUUCCUGAUAUCAUAAUGGAGGGACUUCACAAUGUCUAUAUACCAGCUGGGGGCAUAGUCUCGCUUGUUGGGGCGUGGCACAAAGCAUUCUUCCAUUAUCCUUCAGCUAAGAGGAGAGAAGUUGCUAAAAAGUUCUUGCUUUUAAAGUCCCUUAUCGAAGAGUUCAGUGAAGGUCUUUCUCACAAUUCCUCGGUACUUCCUGAUAAUCUCAUCAACUUGUGUCAGUCAUUCGUGAUACUCUUAAAUGAAUACGUCUAUUUUGGGUACAUUGAGACUCUAUGGGAGAAGAGAGUCUACACACAGCAGCUGCUUGAUCAAGAGAUACAGGACAUUCAAUUGAGCAGUUUAGUUAACAGCUGUGAAGGAAUUGAAGUGGCUUUUAACAACGCUUUGAGAUAUGCUGUCAAUUACCUAGCAUCUGAGCUAUCGCAAGCACCUCAAGAAAUUUCCUGUCAAGUCAAGUUGAGUGUCUCCCAGCUUGUGGUGCUCAGAGUGAACCGUUCCAACUACCCCAUUGAUAUUAUAAGGAGAAUUGUUGAAGGACAGUACAGUCUCUCUUGGGUUGAGAAGAGUCAAAAGAUUCGGAACAUUAGAUCAGCUGAUCAUCAUUCAGUGGAUAUGCACCCUGGAGAUAAUAUCAACCCUCUAAUGCUGCUAGGCUGGUUAUUCUUGGGUAGCCUUUGCCACAAUUCAGUUCAUUCAGCUGUCAUUAGAGGAGGGAUUCAUAAGAUGGAGAGAGUCCUGUCGACCGAGUGUGAGAUACUCCUCCGAUUAGCUUCUCCCAUUAAUAAAGUCGUAUCCAACAUCCUCCAUCUUGUCAUCAGGGCUCUCCAGGGACUCACUGAUAGAAAUCAGUAUUAUGGUUUCAACUGCAUACUGUGCUUCUGUACUAUAUGGACCGUCUAUAUGGAGUUACACAUUAAUGACGCUGUUCCAGAGAUAGUCAAUUCCUGGAGGAUGAUUGUUGAUAUUAUACUGGACCUACCCACUAAACAAGGAAUGUUAAUGUGUAAACCAGAUAUUGUUGGAGUUUUCUGUAAUCAAACACUAAUCCCACUCAAAAAGGCCACCAGUGGCAUAUCAUCAUUCUCACUUUUGCUACCAACUUGGAAGAGGGUUAUCAACAUGCUGCCAAACCCUGAGGAGGCCGAGUUAGCAGAUUAUGCUUGUGUUAAUGAGAUUGGUAUGGACCUCUGGUUCAGAGAAAUGCUCAAGAAAUUUCACGAGUUGGAAUCACAGUAUCUAUCAACAUGAUACGACAUGAAUCAUGGAAUCAGUGAUCAAUUUUAAUCAAGAAAUCAAGUUUAAUUUUUACAUCAUUAAUUAUUUGCUUUUAAGAUUUACUGUAUUUAUUCAUCAGCAGUGUUGAGUAGUGUAGUCUCUCUAUGGAACAAUAUUUGAUGUGUUGUGGUGUCAUGUGGUUAUAUUUUUAUUAUGUAAAACAUUAAAUAAUUUGCAAA